CACGCGGAAACUGCACGAAGAUUUGCGCAUUCACGUGCUGGAGCAAAUCAAGGAGAUCGAGGGACUGCGCGAACACGCGGAAAAUAGCCGAAAGGCUAUCCAGCUGCUUGAGACCCGACUUCAAGAAGAAACUGCCAAGCAUUCCUCGCUUGAUGAACUAUCCGCCAAGGUCAAGGUGCUUGAGGCGGAGAACGAGUCCCUCCAAAACUUCAUGAAAGAAUCUUCAAGCAAAGAGACUGAGGCGAGGAAGGAGCUCUCCGAGAAGCAUGCCCGUGAGAAGGCGGAACUGAUCGACAAGCUGGAGAAAAGCCAAGGCCGCGUGAUCUCCAUAAUUGCCAAGAACAAAGCCCUAGAAGCGGAGGCGGAAGCCAUUGACAAGCUUAUCUUUCCAAGCCUCGGCUUUGAGUGGACAAAGGACUCAAACCUGACGAGGACGGAGGCGUACGAUGAAGCGCGGAUCUCAAUUGAUGCGCUGUUUGGAGCCUGUCGCGGAAUCGCCACGGCUCUGUCGCUGAAGAAGGCCAAAACCACAGUCAUCGACACGAUGACCAAACUCAUGCGACAGUUUGCAAUCCAGAUGCGAACGGUCGAGUUAUAA